AUGGAGGGCGCGCCCGUUGCCGAGCGGACCAAGGUCAAGAUCGCCCGCGACGAGAAGCUCCUCGAGAAGAUGAAGAAGGCGAAGGAAGUCCGAGUGAAGAAGCUGCGCGAACAGCGCCAUGCGCUCAAGCUGAGGACCUACAAGUAUGUCAGCGAAUAUAGGAAGGAGAAGGAGAACCUCAUCAAGCUGAAGCGCGAGGCCAAGGCACAGGGUGGCUUCUACAAGGAGCCCGAGGCGAAGGUCAUCCUCGCGACCCGCAUCAAGGGUAUCAACAAGCUGGCGCCGAAGCCCAAGAUGAUUCUUCGUCUGUUCCGUCUUCGCCAGCUCCACAACGCCGUCUUCAUCAAAGUGAACAAGGCCACCAUCGAAAUGCUGAAGGCUGUCCAGCCCUUCAUCACCUACGGCUACCCGUCUCUUAAGACCAUCCGCCAGCUCGUCUACAAGCGCGGCUACGCGAAGGUCGGGAAGCCCGGCGCUCACUCGCGCGUGCGCCUCCAGUGUAACGACAUCAUCUCGGAAAACCUGGGCAAGUACGGCAUCCACGGCAUUGAGGACCUCGUCCACGAAAUCUACACGUGCGGUCCGUACUUCAAGCAGGCGAACAACUUCCUGUGGCCAUUCAAGCUCAGCUCGCCUCGCAAGGGCUUCACCAGCAAGCGCCACGGCUACAACGAGCCGCGCAAGGGUGACUGGGGCAACAGAGAGGAAAUGAUCAACGAGUUGGUGCAGCGCAUGAUCUAA